AUGUGCAAGUUCGGUCGGAAAGUAGCAUCAACAUUUGGCGCCGUCUAUGGGAACCGGCAUGACAAUAAGCUUUUUGCUCUAAGAAUGGCUGAAGGCAACGGUUCCCAUUCUGGAAGUAACGAGAAUGACAAUGGAGAUCGCGACCUGCCUAAUGGCAGGCGGGGAAGGGAUGAUCACCCACCACUACCAAGGAAACCGAAGACUUGUUUGACACUUCUGAGAAGAGAGUUGGUCAGCGAGUUAAAGGGAAACUUGAAGAAAGUUGUGAGAGCUACAGAGGAUGAUGAACCUGACGAACCGCCCUUCGUCCAAGACAUCUUAGAUGCCCCCAUCUCGCAGAAGAGCGGAUUUCCAACCUUCAACAAAUACGAUGGGACGAAGGAUCCCGUCGACCAUGUGGAGACCUACGAGUUCAUCAUGGACUUUCACGCGUACUCAGAUGCGAUGAAGUGCAGAGCUCUCUCUAUAACUCUGCAGGGGCCAGCAAGGAAGUGGUUUAGACUUUUGGCUUCCUACUCGAUCUCGAGCUUGAAACAGCUUAGAAAGGCUUUCAUAGCCCAGUUUGCAGCCCACAAGGACGCGAAACACUCAGACACGGAUUACAUUAAGCGCUUCCUCUCAGAACAGAUCAAGGUUGAGACUUGCACUGACCUACUAGCUCGGUCCGCCUUUUGCAAUGGCGUGACACAUGAGAAGUUAAGUUGGUCACUGGCAAAGAAGCCCGAGUUGACCUUGAAGGGAUGCUUGGAUAGAGCAACGAAGUUCAUCGAGGCCGAGGACAUCAUGAUGUCCAAAGAAGAUAAGUAUUCAAGGAAUGGCUCGCCUUCCAAAAUCGAGAAGAAUAAGGACAAGAAGAAAAAUGGCAACGGAGGAAAUGGCAGGGGGAACUCUUUCUGUUUGAUCCGACAAGGCUACUUCAAGAAGUAUGUCGGUAAGCGAGACCGAGAAGAGACCUCGAAUCCUUCUAGCAGCAGAAAGGAACAGAAGAGAGAAAGGUCCAAAACCCUACCCAAGCGAGAGGACCAACCUCCUAUGAUCCACACAAUUCCAGGGGGGUCAAGCGAUGGCCAGUCAGGCCACAAAAGGAAAGAGCUGGCCGGAGAGGCUGGCCAUGAGGUCUGUAUGUUGCAGCCAAAACAGCAGUCCUACCCAAUCAUCUUCUCUGAUGUCGACCUCCAGGGUGUGCACUUCCCUCACAAUGACGCAUUGGUCAUUGCCCUCCUUAUUGAUCACAUUACCAUGCGCAGGGUCCUCAUAGAUGGUAGAGCCUCAACAAAUAUAUUGUCUUUAUCCACCUACAAAGCACUCGAGUGGGGCCGCGCUCAGCUAAAGAAGAGCCCAACACCGCUUGUCGGGUUCUCUGGAGAAAGUGUAACCCCUGGAGCUCCCCAUCUCGCUAAGGGAAGGCGAAACUCAGGUCAGCUUGGUGGUCGAGUUCGUGAUCAUCAACGGCAAGUCGGCUUACAACGCCAUCUUUGGUUGACCGAUUCUACAUGCCCUGGAGGUCGUGCCGUCGACAUUCCACCAAAUGAUGAAAUAUCCUACUCCUAA